CAGUGGUUUUUUCAGUAUAAAACUUUGCAUGUUUGAUUGUUUUCAAGAUCCAAGCAGAACCUUUUCUUUGCAUUGUUUGAAAACGUGUUUUUCAUGGAUCUUGUAAGUAAAAGCUACACGAACACGAUCCGACUCUCGCAAGCUCUUUCUCCAAUUACAAGUCCUGGAAACUCUAUCUUGGGGCCUCAUUUGCAUUCAUCAGAUACAAGUUUUCCCAUUAUAGCUAUUGCUGUUAUAGGAAUUUUAGCUACUGCUUUCUUGUUAGUCAGCUACUAUAUUUUUGUCAUCAAGUGCUGUCUCAAUUGGCACAGGAUUGAUCUUCUAAGGCGAUUUUCUUUAUCUAGAAGACGACCCGAAGACCCUUUAAUGGCAUACUCUACGGCAAUCGAACAUAGAGGACUUGAUGAAUGUGUGAUAAGGUCAAUCCCAAUAUUUCAGUUCAAGAAAGGUGGAAACAACAGGGAUUUUGGAGAAAGAAGCUUUUGUGAGUGUGCAGUUUGCUUGAAUGAGUUUCAGGAAGAUGAGAAGCUAAGAAUAAUACCAAACUGCAGCCAUGUUUUUCACAUUGAUUGCAUUGAUGUUUGGCUUCAGAAUAAUGCCAAUUGUCCACUUUGCAGAACAAGUAUUUCAACUACUACUCGGUUCCCAGUUGACCAAAUCAUUGCUCCAAGCUCUACCCCCCAAGAUCCAAAUCCAUAUACCGAAAAUAUCAUUAGUGGUGAUGAAGAUUUUGUGGUGAUUGAAUUAGGUAAUCAUAGUUCCUCUGGUCAAAUAUUGCUUGGCGCACAAGACAGAUUGAACUCAGGGGAGUUAUCGACGCGUUCAAUUAGUUCUUCACCGAGGAAGUUGGUGCAGAGAAUUGUGCAGAAAAAAGCAAGAAAGUUUCAUAAAGGCACUAGCAUGGGAGAUGAAUGCAUUGACAUUAGAGACAAAGAUGACCAGUUUGCCAUUCAGCCAAUAAGGAGGUCUAUCUCAAUGGACUCAUCAGUAGAUCGGCAUCUGUAUUUAGCAGUUCAAGAAGCCAUAAGACAGAACAGGCAAGUCAGUGAAGUUAGCCCCAUUGAAGGUUGCAGUAGUAGAGUGAGAAGAUCUUUCUUUUCUUUUGGUCAUGGCAGAGGGUCCAAAAGUGCAGUUUUACCUGUUUAUUUGGAGCCAUAAAACCAGAGUUUUAGGGCUCUCUCUCUCUUUCUCUUUGAUCAUAGAGAUUUUUGACGUGUUAAGAGACAAUUAAAUUUGUGACAUAGAAAUUUUCAGAUUAAAAUUGAAAAAAAAUAUAUUAUUUUAUAUGAAU